AUGCAGCCGUACAUGCCGCACGCGGCACGUCAAAUGCGACGAACGCAAGCCAAUCUGCGGCAACUGCGCGAAGAAGAAUCGGCCAUGCUUGCCGAUACCACGAGUCGAUACAACGAUGCCCGGGGCUCGAGUAUCGGCACCAAUACCGCCGUCAAUUCCAGGGUGACUUCGCCGUUCCUAGGACCGUCAACCAUUGACAAAGCUGAAGCUGUCACGACGCCUGCCUCCUUUGGACCCGUCCUUGCUCAAUAUCUCAGUGAACAGUCUUUCUCGUACGACUCGUUCCAGACUUCUCAUCACGGUGUUUCCAGAGACUUGGACCACCAUGGCGACGAGUCUCGGCAGAGAAGGACUUCGAACACCGCAAGUCCUUCCUUAUCAAGGCAAGGCGGGAGACACGCUGGGCUGUUCUCGCCGAGUCGUCAGGAUAGAGACUCAAGCCAUAGCUCGCCUCAAACUUCACCAUUGACCGUCUCGGACUCCGUCCCUAUCAAUGGACACCCGGCAAGUAUACCUCGCUCUCCAAGUGGACUGUAUCCGUGGCAUGGUCAGCUCUCUGGCCUAGGACACAGCGCUGUCUCCGACCGGCGGUCUACCAAAAGUGUAACCAAGAGCUCGCCUCCUUUUGAGGAGGUCGGAUCGAAUAUUCCCCUGUAUCUAACUGAGAUGGACCUGUUUGUCCUCCGACACUUCGUGGAACGCGUCGCAGGCUGGAUCGAUGCGUUCUCCUCGGAAAAUCCAUACUCAACUAUUGUCCCUAUCUUCGCUCUGGAGUGCCCAGCAGUCUUGUUCUCUUGUCUUGCCAUUGCAGGAAAGCAGUUGGCGUUAACAAGGGCAGGUGCUGAGGCCCAGAUCACCGAGGACGUCGCGGUCGAGUAUUACCAAAAGGCACUCAAGGCUUUCAGCACUCUUUUAAUGGAGGCAGAUUCAGCUUAUAGUGACAAGAUUCUGGCAUCCAGCAUCAUGCUCUCUGGCUACGAGAUGCUGGAUAUGAUGGGGGAGAGUUUCAGUUCACACCUUCGGGGUAUCGCCUCGCUCCUUCAACUGUGGCGAGUCAACGGAGACUCCCCCGGGAUCAAGGGAUCGGUUUUCUGGACGUGGUUCAGAUCGGAUUCGUGGGCAGCUUUGCAUGCUGGACGACGCAUGUUCUUGGACGAAAGCUACUGGGAGCCACGUGCGGUGGACUCUUUUGAAGACUUGUCUCAUGUGGAAAUUGCAAACCGUGCCCUGUUUCUGCUUGGACAGUGCGUCAGCUUUUGCAGUGGGGUUCAGUGUCGAGACAACGUGGAGGGUUUGGAGGAGAUGAGCACAAGACAAAGAAAGAGGGACAAGAUCCGAAGUGACCUCGAGCGGUGGAAAGGCAUGCUUCCGCCUGCGAUGACCCGCUUCUAUGUGAGCCUGGCGCAACAAGAAGAGCAGGAUGAGGACUACACGGCUCAUCCGCACGCGAGGGACAUAUCAUCCAUAUGGUAUGUGUAUCCACACUGUGCCGUCGGGAUCCAAAUGUACCACGCAUGUCAGAUCUUGCUGGCGCUCAGUGGACUCCCAUCCUCGUCCCGACGGCAGGGUCAGGGUCAUGGUCAUGGUCAGGGCCAGGGCAUCUUCACCGCCACCGCCGAAUCACUGUCCGUCCGACGGCUGAUCAACCGGUCGCGCGAACAGAUCCUGCUCAUCGCCAAUUCCGGGACUACCGAUCCCUUCAGCUUCACUUCGACCCAGUGUCUGUACAUUGCAGGUCUGGUGACGGAGGGUGUUCAAGAGCGACGUCGCACUAUUGAGUUGCUCGAAGAGUGUCAGAGGCAGUCGGGUCGCCGCACUGUGCAGAUUGCCGACGAACUUCGAGCGGUGUGGGCGGAAGAGUGGUAG